AUGGUUCAAGCACUUCCAGCGUACUCCAUGUCUUGCUACCUGUUGCCAAAAGGUGUUAUUGAGGAUAUUAAGACCCAAGUGAGGUCGUAUUGGUGGUCGGGCAAGAAGGAUACUAGAGAUUGGGAUAUGAUUACUUGGGAUAAGGUUUGUCGGUCCAAAAGAUUUGAUGGGAAGGGUUUCAGGGACCUAAAGUUGUUCAAUAUUGCCCUCCUGGGCAACCAAGUUUGGAGACUCAUUCAUGACGAGAAGUCACUACAUUUAAGGUUCUCAAGGCCAAGUACUUCCCUUGUUCAAAUUUUCUUGAAGCCAAACUUGGGGAUAAGUACUCUUAUGAGUGGGCAAGCAUUCUUAAGGCCAAAUAUGCACUAA